UUGCGUCCCGCGUGGUUUGAGUUGGCUGGUGUAUUGGUGCGUCGUCCCUACAGUUAAUUUAUCUCUUACAUUGCUUAAUCUAUUCCUUGCUGCACCAUUGCAGUUUCUUGAUCUGCAGUGUUGUUUUGUCAGUGCUUUUAGAGCAUUUGAAAUGGCACCCACAGGAGAAGCAACGUCAAUGGGCACAUACAAAAUAAGCAAACUUUACACAGUUGUAAAGUUCGCAAAUGGCACAGUCGAACUGGUGCCGUCAAAAUGGAUUAUUGGUGGGAAGCUAUGCCUUUGGCCAGCCAAGAAGCAGAAUUCAAAGAUUGCCGAUAUGAUCAGGGAUCGAGCCGAGCCGGAAGACGACUGGGAGCUGCACCCUUGUGUUUGCAUGGCGUCAUUCAGCAACUACAGAAGAGGAAAAAAGAAUGCCAGAGAGGCAGAGUACACCUCUCAUCUUGAAUCUGAAACCAGCGACGAAGAUACCACAGCUGAGGUUGACCUGCCAGCUAAACGAAGAAUGCAGCUUCCGUCACCACCGCAUACGAUCGACAACACAGUCUGCAGUUCGGGACGCGCAUCACUCUCACCGCCACCGCUAGGCAGUAUGUGCAUCACUGAAGCUACACAAUCUCCUGGACCUUGCUUCUCACCCGAAGCAAGUGACGCUGUAAGCCGCAGCAGUCAGGCUGGAAGAGAUGACCCUGACGGAAACCUGACUGCGUAUCAGAAGAAGCUACUGAAGCUGGUGCUGGACAUUAAAGCAGCGCUCAGAGACUUGUCACAAAGGGUUGCAGCACUCGAAGGAACAGCAGCACCAGUCUACUCCUGUGAUGUCCUGGAGCAGAUUCUGCAGGAGCCACUUAGCAGUCUUACGGACUGGGAAAUUUUAGAGGAAAAGCUACAGGACAAUGCCACAAGGCACAACCUUGUGGAUCGCCUAGCUGUCCUUGGGGGCAGUUCCCUGAACGAUGUUGUAAGAAUCAUUAUGGAGACCUGCACAAGGAAGUCUGUUCAGCAACAACUGACUGUUGAAGGACGCAAUGGCAAAAGACCAUUUAAAGGAACAAGGCUGUUUUCUUGCGUGUUGGCUGCAGUUCACAAACGCAUGGGUGUUUUGAAGGUGGGGGUCACCGACAAAGAAAUCUGCGCAAGGAUAAGUCGAUACCUGGCUUCUGCGGGUGACCGCGAGGGCGGCAGGAAGGAACGCACAAAGAAGUAGAAUAAAUUAUUUUCAUUGUCUUAAUAUAUGUCUACCUUGCAUUUUUUGUGAUGCGCACAUGCAAUACACAUGCUAACUGAAAACCACAAAAUGAAGCUGACCUUUUACCAGCCACCGUGUGCAACAAGUGA